AUGCCUGAGGCUUUCUAUAUGAUAUUCUUUAGGGGUUCAAAUCAUUCAAUUGUUGAAUUUGUUGGAUUGUUGGUUGGAUUUGAAGUUGUUAUCAUGGCUCCUACUAGAAAGUGGCAGGUUUUUACAGAGCAUGUGACAGGUCUUACCAUUAAGCCAUUAUCAGAAACUCGUUGGGAAAGUCGUGUGGAGAGUGUUAAAGCAAUAAGGUAUCAAGCUCCAGAAAUAAGAAAAGCUUGGAUUCACUUGGUGAAUGGUAAAGAAGAUGUCAAGACAAAAAGUGAUGCUGAGACUUUAGCAACAUAUAAUCUUCGGAAUUUUGAGUUCUUGUUCGGUAUGAUUAUAUGGUAUGAAUUGUUACAUGCUGUUAACAAUGUCAGCAAAGUUAUGCAAACUGAAGAUAUGCAUGUUGAUACUGCGAUCAAAGAAUUGGAAAGUCUUCUUUCCUUUCUUCAAAAGUUUAGAGAAACUGGAUUUGAGGAGUCCUUGAUUGAAGCUAAAGAGAUUGCAAGUGAGAUGGGGAUUGAAUCGGUAUUCAUGGAAAAACGGACAAUUCAAAAAAAGAGACAAUUUGGUGAAAGCUCUAGCAAAGCAGUGACACAAUCAGCUGCAGAAUCCUUUAAAGUCAACUAUUUUCUCUACAUAGUUGAUCAAGCUAUUUCUUCAUUCAAAACCAGGUUAGCACAAUUUCAUUCAAAUUUAAUAUAA